AUGGAGGAACUUUAUGAUGAAUCAAUCAAUAAUUCAAGACUUCUAUUUCAAACUUCAAAAGCUUCAUUAUAUAUACUACCCUUUCACCAAACGAAUAUAAAAGAUUCAACCAAUGACUAUAAUCAACAUCUACCUGAACCAAUUGACUUGAAGAAUAUUAAAGAAUGUAUUUGGAGGGGUAGCGUGCGAUUGAUUGAAGAGACAGUUGAUCAAUUACAACCAUCGCAAGAAAAAGAGGUAGACAGAAACAUAAUAGAACCAUAUUCACAAUUAAGAGUUAAGUUGGAAUUUAUAAACAUUAUAAAUGAAGAUAUAGAAAAAUUAUGGGGAGAGACAUGGUUUAUACCAACAAAUAGAACUAUAGAAUCAGAAUUAGAAUCAAAUUCAUAUUUGUUCAAAAAGUAUAAUAUUACUAAUAAGUUUAUUGAUAAAGUAUCAAACGACGGAACAGAUUCAAUUAAGCUAGUACGAGAUAGGGGCAACUACAAUACUAUGAAUUGGUAUAGAGUUAUAGUGCAAGUACCAGGAACUGGUUUUCAUCCAAGCAUAUCACCCACUGUUGAUGACAACAAUUCUCAUCAAUAUCAGCAAGUAGCAUUACUUUUAAAAUUUAAAACAAAUAUAGAAGCAGAAAGUUUCAGUGAACGAUUGGAUGAUUUCACAAUGAAAUUCGAAGAUCAAGAAUUAGCGUACUAUAAUGAUAAGUGGCACUCCAUUUUAAGUAACGAAGAUAUCGAAACUAGUUUUGUCAACAAAAAGCCAUGGACUAAAUCUGACUCAAAAGACCUUGAUACCAAACGUUUAACUGAAAAAUAUCAUGAUAUGAUUUUAAAAGAAGCCAAUAAAAUAAUAGAAAGAAAACAACAAAAAUGGAAAAAUAACAAUACUACUAAUGAUUCUCAAACACGAGUCCUAGAUAGUAGUGAAAAUUCGUCUACAAAUAGUUAUGAAGAAGAUGAUUUUGGAGAUUUUAUAUCAAAAGAGUGA